AUGACCAGUAUUGAUAAAGACUCCGACAGGAGCCAUCGUAUUCUGGAAAACGAACCUCAAGAUAUCGGUCGCCAGCAGGUGGAAAUCUUAGUUGUGAAAGCAAUCAAUCUCCCUAUUCUAAAAAACAAACUUGGAAAAGAGAGACGAUUUUAUGUUACUAUCACUGAUGGGACAACAACAAAAAAAUCCAAAAUCAUGAAUUCUCUAAAUCGUUCUGUGAUGUGGGACCAAACAAUGGAUGGAUUUACCGACACUUCCAACAUAAAGCUCUCACUCUUUGCGGAAUAUCAGAUGCACAAGGACAAGUUAUUAGGAUCUGUCAAAAUCAAUGCUAAACCCUCAAUCGUUCCGGAUCUCACCGUGGUCGUAACAGUACACAUGCACGACUUGGUGCAAGUCGCUAGUGAUGCUCUGCGCGAAAUUGAAGCAGAAGUUGUAGAAGUAAACAUUCUGGCCGAAUGGAAAGGAGCCAUGGAUAACAUUGUGUGGGUCAUGGAUGUUAUCGGAAAUCUAGCACAGGCAAGAUUCAUCCAUAUGCGCAAAUGGUUUGGGUGGUUCUCUCUUCCAUUCCAAAGGCAUUUGCUGAUUGCUCAAUUUGAGCAUGACGAAAACAUUCGGGCACUCAUUAACGCCAUGCGCAGUGCAUUUGACCUAGUUCAAGCCGAAUCUUUAUUAAAGAACAUCAAACCCAACUCCCACCAGGCUCUUACUCUCAAAGUCAUGCUAAGGCAUAUAAAUAUAUGCAGCGAUGUAAUCAAACGCUAUGCAGAAGACAAUGGUUUUAAAAAGAUGCUGCUGCUGAAUGUCAGCGGAGGAAUUGCCAAGGAGAUCCAAACUCUAUGUGAAACUUUGGGGAAGUUGCGUCAGGAUCUAUUGGAUGGCGCUGUUAUUUCCACUCAGAUCGCUGUUGAGAAAAUCAAGCGUAAUAUUGACAUAAAAAUGAACGAGUUUCCCUACAAACCAGGGUGGCGUUCAAUAUCUAACGUCGAAAGAAAUGGUUGUCUUCCUGGGACACGUACCGAUUUCCUCAAUUAUAUUACUCGUUGGGUUGAUGACCCUUCAUCUAAACCUGGAUUAGUUCUCCUCGGGAAAGCAGGCACUGGAAAAUCAACCAUCGGUCAUGAAAUUGCUCUGCGAUUUCAAUUAGAAGAUCGACUAGGAUCGUACUUCUCUUUUUUCAGGACCGAAAAAUCAAAACACGAGGACCACCAUCUUUUCACGACGAUAAUUCAUGACCUUGCCAGGCGCUAUCCGUCAUUUAAAUCCGCGAUAGGAUCGCUCAUCAAGGACGAUAAGCUUCUGCAAUCAACGGAUAACUUCAAUUUAUUAUUCGAUACUUUACUCUUGGGUGCUUUACGUAGAAUUAGCAUGGAUGGUCCGAUCCUUAUAAUCAUCGAUGCCUUGGACGAAAGCGCGCACCCGACAGGAAGAGCAGGCCUGGCUGCCUUUCUUACUCGUUCUAUCAGCAAACUGCCAACAAACUUUCGCGUAUUCAUCACAUCGCGUUUAGAUGGAGACAUUAAAGAUUGGUUUGCCAAUUCGGAACGGAGCCUGUUUGAAGUUCUCGAAAUGGAUGAUCCAAAGUUGGCCAAAACGGUGGACGACAUCCGAUUGUUCUUUGAAGAUCACCACAACCUUCCCCCAGUUCUCUUCCAGGAGUAUGGACUUGAGCUAAUUGAGAAAUCACAAGGAUUAUUCCAAUGGGCGGCGGUUGCGUGUGCCCACAUCAAUGAACCUCCACCUGGAUGGACGCAGGUCGAUUGCUUACGAGGCCUUCUGGUUCGCCAACACGCUGAUAAAAAAUAUGCUCAGCCGCUAAACCGUCCACUGUAUGAGUUGUAUGACACUGUUCUUGCCGUGCAUUUCAAUACGGAGAUUGCGUGUGAUCGCUUCCGAUCUGUCAUGGGACAUCUACUCGCUGCUAUGGUACCCUUUUCGGUCAACUUACUAACAGCCAUUCGAAAAUCCAUCCCAUCCUCUGAGCAAGAGCAUGAAGAAGCUGUCCUUGUGAUUUUGAAAUACCUGGGCUCGUUGUUAAGCAAUGUCACCGCAGAAGAUCAUGAACUCCCUAUCGUCCCUUUACACACAUCUUUUCGCGACUAUUUGACCGAAGUAGUCAAGGAGGGAGAUUCAUUUUAUGUUAAUCUUCAAAAAUCACACUACGACCUAGCCUGUUCAUGCCUCUAUGCGAUGCUCAAGGAACUCAAAUUUAAUAUUUGUGCACUCGAGUCGUCUUACAUUUCGAAUCACGACAUUGAAGAUCUCGAUCAUCGGAUUCAAAAGCACAUUCGACCUGUGCUACUCUAUGCUUGCCAAUUUUGGAGCGAUCACCUAAAUAAUCUUCCGUUUGGCGAAGUCAUCUUUCAUCAUAUCCACAGAUUCCUGGAAGAAAAGUUUUUAUUCUGGCUAGAAGUAAUGAGCGUCACGGACACCUUACCCCUUGGUGUACAAGCUUUAACGGUAUUGAAACAGUGGAUGAUGUCUUGUACGGACAGCAGUACCGUAUCAGGCGACAAGUGGAAUCAACUCAAUACUCUAAUCAUGGAUGCACGCCGAUUUAUCCGCUAUUUCUCCACGCCAAUUGCAGUCAGCGCUCCUCAUAUUUACAUAUCCGCUUUACCGUUUACACCAACUGCUUCGAAAGUGUAUCAGAACUACGCCUGUGCCUUUCUCAAUACAAUUUCCCUCGACUGCGGACAGCAAAUCAAUUGGCAUGCCCUGGAAAUGUCCAUUGCUCUGACGGGAUGUGUUAAUUCAAUGGCCUUCUCUCCGGAUGGCCGAUAUAUUGUGGCCUCUUUAUCAGAUUGGACAAUACGUAUAUUCGAUGCAACAACUGGUACAAUGAAAGGCAAACCGCUUACUGGACCCAAGGGCCGUUUUGCGACUCGGUCCGUGGCCUUUUCCCACGAUGGAAAAUGGGUCGCCUCUGGCUCAUAUGACGGAGACGUACACCUUUGGAAUGCAUCGACAUAUGAGAUGGAGAAGGGUCCCCUGACUGGGCACACAAAGGUGGUUCUCUCUGUCGCAUUUUCCAGUGACGGACAGUGGGUCGUCUCUGGAUCAUACGACUCGAAAAUAAUUGUAUGGAAUGUACUUACAGGCAAGGUUGAGCGAGGACCUUAUACAGGGCAUGCCAAAGGAGUCCUAUCUGUUGACAUCUCUCCAGAUGGAAAAUAUAUUGUCUCGGGAUCUCAGGACAAGGAAAUUCGCAUUUGGAACCUCUCUACAGGAGAGUUGGAACAUGGCCCAUUUGUUGGACAUACUGAUGCCGUCAAUUCGGUUGCAUUUUCUCCAGAUGGCCAAAAAAUUGUAUCUGGUUCCAAUGAUCGCACAGUGAUUCUAUGGAAUGCAGUGACAGGAGAAAUCGACCAAGGACCAUUGACUGGACACCUCCACGCUGUGUAUUCCGUCGCAUUUUCGCCGGACGCCAAGCGUAUUGUCUCUGGUUCCUUAGACCAAACACUUCGGAUAUGGCAUGUCAAUACUGGACAGACAGAGCAAAUACUUCAUGCACAUAGUAAUGGAGGAGUCGAUUGUGUUGCGUUUUCCCCCGACGGGGAAAGAAUAGCCUCUGGCUCUCAAAUGGACCAAACACUUCGGUUGUGGGAUUCGUCUUCAACGGGCUUGAACAAGCCAUCAGACCAGAGAGUUCCAUUUGUAUUGCAAGAUGGCGAAGUACCUAGUUGGAACAAUACAUCUAUCAGGUCUAUCGCGUUUUCGCCAGAUGGACUAUUGGUUGCAUCUGGCUCGAAUGACGCUACAAUAUGUCUAUGGGACAUAUCCACAGCUCAAUAUACGACGACUCUAGUCGGGAAUGAGGAUAAAGGAUUUAAAUCGGCUGCAUUUUCUCCAGAUGGGCAAUGGAUCGCUUAUGGGUCGUGCAAACCAAUUCGUUUAUGGAAUCUGUCCACAGGAAAACAUGCGACCCUGACGUGUAGUCUCUCCUUACGUGGACACACGAAUUCCGUUGCGUCUGUCGUAUUUUUUCCUGACGGGAAAAGGCUCGUUUCGGGAUCUGAGGACGAAACAAUCCGUAUAUGGGAUACAUCCACUGGUGAACUACUAGGAGGGCCGUUUAUCGUUAAACAGAGUGUUUGCAGUCUUGCUGUCUCACCCGACGGAAUGUGGAUUCUAUGUGGAUCGCUGGAGCCAAUCCUUCAACUGGUGAAGGUGUCUACAGGUGAAGUAAGACAAGAAUUGACGAUAGACGAUCAAUUCAUCGGCUCAGUGGGUGUAUCUUCCAAUGGACUGUUGAUCGCUUGUGGACCUGAAAUCCUCUUGUUUGACACAUUGACUGGCGUAAUGACACCAGGACGGACAUUCAAAGAUUGGUCAACCAGUUCGGUCGCUUCAGUAGGAUUCUCUCCAGACGGCAGUCAAAUUGUAUGCGCGUCCGUUGACGAUAACUUGUUACGUAUCUGGGAUUCGUCUUCAGGAGAACUGGAAUACACUCUGCCCUCCGAACACACUGAAAUGAUCGACUUUGUUUCAUUCUCUCCCGAUGGUACAAAAAUUCUUUCGUCUGCACGGGACCGGGCAAUUCGAGUAAUGUCUGCUCGACCAAUAACUGACACGACAUCCGAAAUUUGCUUCAAUGAUCUAUCCAUCAUCGAUCGCGAUGGAUGGAUACGCGAAGAUGAUGAUAAAUUACUCUUAUGGAUACCAACUCUUCAUCGACCGGGUUUGUACCACCCGAACGUUCCCAUUCUUAUCAUAUGCGACAUCCCAACUCGACUCAAUACCUCGAAUUUCGUACACGGUUUAGAUUGGGCAACAUGUUACACGGGAUAG